CAUAAUAAUUUCCACUUUUAAGGCUUAAACAAUAAGAAAAGUGCACUGCGUAUUCUUAGGAUCUUGUCUGAGUGGACCGUUCAAACUCAUACCAUGAAGAUACGAAAAUGCGAUCCGGAAUCCACCCAACAAUGUCCCAAAUGUUGAUUUUGGUAAAAUUAAAAAAAAAAAAAGAUUGAGAGUGACAAUAAUGGAAAAAAAGUGAUUAUCAUAUUCUUUCCUUUCCCACCCAAAGACCUAGACUUCACUAUUUUGGGUCCUAAUUUUGUUCUUUAAAUCAAAUCCUUGCACUGUUCUAGCUGUAUUUUGGGGUGGAACAAUUCAAAAUCAUGGCAUUAUGCACACACCAGUCUCUGGUUGGUCUAUCUUCAUCGGUUGGCUGCAAUAAGCUUGAGCACCAAAACCAGUCCCGGAGCCGUUUGUUCGCCACGCCGUUGCUUUUCCAUGGAAGCCGAAGAAGAUUGAUAGAUGGAGCUAGCUCGGUGGUUAGUGCUCUGCCCACUGUUCUUGAGAAUCCAAGCCCACCCAAAUCAUCCUUCAACGAGUUGAUUGAAUCAUUGAUAAAUCGUGUGGAUUUAUCAGAAUCAGAGGCUGAAGCGUCACUGGAUUUUUUGCUGAAUGGUGCCGAUGAGGCUUUGAUUAGUGCUUUUCUGGUGUUACUGAGAGCCAAAGGAGAGACUUUCGAGGAAAUUGUGGGGCUUGCGAGGGCGAUGAUCAAGCAUAGUUUAGAAGUAGGGGGCUUACUUGAUGCAGUGGACAUUGUUGGAACAGGUGGUGAUGGAGCAAACACAGUUAACAUUUCGACUGGAGCUUCAAUACUUGCAGCAGCUUGUGGUGCCAAAAUUGCAAAGCAAGGAAAUCGUUCAAGUUCUUCGGCAUGUGGAAGUGCCGAUGUAUUAGAAGAGUUGGGGAUAGUUAUCGACCUGGAACCUGAGGGAGUUUCAAGCUGUGUGAAAAAAGCAGGCAUUGGAUUUAUGAUGGCUCCAACAUAUCAUCCAGCAAUGAAGCUUGUCCGCUCAGUCAGGAAAAAGCUGAAAGUAAAAACUGUAUUUAAUAUAUUGGGUCCUAUGUUAAACCCAGCAAGAGUACCGUAUGCUGUUGUGGGUGUCUAUGCAGAAGAUUUGGUCUUGAAGAUGGCUAAAGCAUUGCAGCGAUUUGGCAUGAAACGGGCAUUAGUUGUUCACUCAGAGGGCUUGGAUGAGAUGAGCCCCCUUGGACCUGGGCUAAUCCUUGAUGUUACACCAGAAAAGAUUGAGAAGUUCUCAUUUGAUCCAUUGGACUUUGGGAUUCCUCGGUGUACCCUGGAUGACUUGCGAGGUGGAGGCCCAGAGUAUAAUGCCGAGGCACUAAAGCGUGUAUUGUCAGGGGAGAAAAGUUCAAUUGCAGAUGCAUUUAUCUUAAAUGCAGCAGCAGCGCUCUUGGUUAGUGGCAAUGUGAACUCUUUGGCUGAAGGGAUCGCUCUGGCUCGUGAGACUCAACUAUCAGGCAAAGCUAUCAAGACGCUCGAUCAGUGGAUAGAUGUGUCCAAUAAAAUGAAAAACCAAGUAGUCACUGUGUAAAUGGUGCCUGGAAUCUGUUCAAGUGUUAUGGAAUUGAACGAGCUGCUGUGCGAAUAAUAUGAAGAAUUCAAUAACAUUACAUAUGGGAUUUUGGUCAUUUUACUUUCUUUGGAAUAAAUGCUUGUAAGAAACAUUUUUGAUAGGUUGGUGUUUUAGUGGGACAAACCCUUUUUUUCAGAUAAAAAAUGAAGACAAACAAAUAUACACUCUUCAUAAGCUCA